AAUCCAAAGAAUGUCCUCCUUCACGAUCAUGUUCUAAAAUUGACAAACUUUGGAGGCCUAAGCAUAUUUAAAUCGGAUGAUUUUGAAAACAUUCCCUACAUUGAACCUCAAGAGUUGACGUUGGAAAAAGGAUUUAUCAAAAGUUCUCGCGGCAUAUAUGGCAAUUUUUUAAAUAGAUUGAUAUCGACCAUUUACAGUUUAGGAGUUUUACUCUGGCAAAUUUCUAGUGGUGUCCGACCUUAUAUGUACUUAACACCCCAAAAAAUGGUUGAAUAUAUAAGUAACGGUGAAAGAGAAGAACCUGUUGAUGGAACACCUAUUAAAUAUUAUGAAUUAUAUCAAGACUGCUGGCAUGAUUAUCCGGAAAAACGCCCAGAUUGUUUGAUGGCCUUGAAAAAGCUUGCAAAUGUUGAUUUAAAUGAUGUCAUAUCAUCAGAACUAGAUAAGGAUAUUUAUUAUAAAGAUAUUGAUUAUAAUUUGAAAUUUGAGAGAAUUCGGUCAGCAGCACCUAGCGUGUUUGGAGGAAGCACGGCUGUUGAAACAGUUGUUGAAACAUGGAAUGAUGAUUAUGAUUCAAGCAAUCAAUGGAAUUUACACAAAGGAUUGAAAGUUUACGGUAAUACUUUCAUUCAUGGAGAAGAAAUCCUCACAGAGAAUGGAACGGUAAUCUCUCAAGAAAUGAAACAAUAUGUUCAAAUUUAUACAAACAUACCUAGCAAUCCAUUCGACAUUCUGAAAAAUGAAAGUGUUUCUAUUCAAAAAUUGGAAGAAAUUGAUAUUUGUUUGCACAUUCGGCUUCUUAAAAUUGAGUAUAAAAAUUUUGAAAUAUCUGAAGGAUUUAGUAAAGCAAUCGAAGAUGUACUAAAAAAUCAUGAUGAGAAAUCUAUUCGCAAAGCUCUUCAAAAAGUCUUUGAAAAAUAUGGCGAUUAUAUACCUAAAGAAGUUGUUAUUGGUGGCGCACUUAGGAUCAAAUCUGCAUGUCCUAAAGACAGAAAGUCAUUUAUGCAAGACAUUGACACUUUAAAAGCUAAUCUUUAUUGGGUUAAUGAUCAAAUUUUUUUAGGAAAAUCUAAUAUUUUUGAUAAAAUUCCAUUUGAUAAUAUUUUCACAAUAGAAGAUUUGGAUAAUGGUCAAAGAAUUACUUCUGGUCAUGAAUUGAUGGUUUGGAUGGAAGAAUUUUGUGAAUAUAAAAGAGGAUAUAUUAUUGCAUUUAAUGAAAUUGUCCCAGCGUACACUUUUCUUAACGAUGAAAUCAAACAGGAAAUAAUUAAAGCUUGUGGAAGGCUUCAGGGCACCAACAUUGAGCAUAUUGUUCCACACAUUACUAAUAGCCCUAUCCCUGAUAAUUUAAAUAAUUGGACUAACAGCUCACCAAUAAUAUAUUUGU